CACAGACUUGGCGGGAAUAUGACACCCAGAGUUUGGGAAACACGAACGAGAGCUGUUCCGUCACUACCUUCGCUCAUUUCAUCGCAAUUCCCAGGCUUUCCAAUGGCAGUCAAGAUCGAGCAUCAAUGCCUGAGACAAGGAGAAGGUGGUCUAGUCGAAAAUGCUAUCAUUGGCAAAAAUUCCCUAAUGCCUGAUGAUAUUAAACCAUACGAAGUCCUGGUACGCGUCGCAGCAGUCGCUCUGAAUCCUACAGAUCACAAAUCACCUUCAUUCUGUCCCACGCCUGGGGCUAUCAUGGGGGUGGAUUUUGCAGGGGUAAUCGUGCACCGCGGUAGCGAUGUGCGCAGAGAACUCACAGAGGGCUCGCGCGUGUGCGGGGCUGUACAUGGCUCCAACCCAGCAAACCCGGGAAAAGGCUCCUUUGCAGAAUACGUCGCAGCGGAUUCACGUCUUCUUUUGAAACCUCCAGUAGACUGGACAGACACGCAGGCAGCUGCUCUCGGGGGCAGUGGGUGGUUCUCUGCCGGGUUGUUUCUUUACGAGUCUCUAAAGCUCGAUGGCAAGCCAUCCAGUCCAACAACAAAGCGGGCUGACGGAACCAAAACGCCUAUCUUGGUAUAUGGAGCGGCGACAGCCACCGGAACGAUGAUCUGCCAAAUCCUCUCGCUAUCUGGGUACGCACCCGUUGGCGUUUGCUCGUCGAGCUCGGCAGAUAUGGUCUUGUCCUAUGGAGCAAUCGCAACAAUCGAUUACGUAGCCCCGAACGCGGCAGAGACGAUCAAAUCGCAAACAGGCGGGCAGCUCCGCCAUGCUAUCGACUGCAUUUCCUCUCAAGAAUCAAUGCGCUGUUGUAUGGCGGCAAUGGGCCGGGCGGGGGGGAAAUACGUGGCUAGUGAGCAUACCAUGGAGGAAUGGCGUACUCGGCGUGGGGUCAAAGUACUUCCAUUGCAGCUAGCUUAUGAAACGUUUGGAAAUGGUGUCGAACUGCCUGGUUUGUAUCACAGAGAGCCCAGCCCAGCAAAGCAUCAACUCACUAUGGACAUGGCGGACGAGGUGCAAAAGCUGCUCGAUCGUGGACUCAUAAGAUCACAUCCUCCCAAGGCUCUGCCACCAGGUUUCCAGAGCAUCAUCGGUGGCUUGAAGAUGCUAAAGGCUGGAGAGGUCCGGGGUCAAAAGCUUGUUGUAUGUCUGGAUUCAGGGCUGACCAACCAGUCGUAG